UCUCAGUGUGUGCAUCAACAUGGGAGAAGUAUAAACAGGAUUCAUCCCCAACUACCACCUGACAUGUUAAAUUGAGUGCAUUGGGCGAUUUGUAGGAACACCCCUUACUGGUCUUUUAAAAAAUGUAGUAUAUUGCCACAUAUCUUUCACUGUGCUGUGUUCCUUCAUAGACCUGGCAGUUCUGAGACUUGGAGCUGCCUCCGCCUUUGACAGUCCUGGCAAGUAUUUUUUUAAAAGCACCAAGAUGGAAAGCUUUUAAAAGAAAGCUUGAAGUGGCUUUAUGUUCUAAAAUCCAGCACAUUGCUUUUUGGAACUGCGAAUCGCCUUUGGGAUUUACCUCUAAGUCACAUAGCAAUCAUCUUAAGGGGUUGUUAGGUCAUUUCUACUGCUGGGUGAUGAGGGCAAGUUAUUCCAUUUUAACCUCAACUUGGUUUUGUCUGGGACACUCUGGGUUGUUGUGUGGCAGUGUGUUAAGGAAGGGGUUCAAGCGCAUACAGAAUCCGCACCUUUGAGGUGCUCUGUUGCCCUUGCGCAACAGAAAUAAUCGGACUUCUCGUGGAUGACUAAUGGGAAGAUGCAUAAGGACCUUACAAGCAAAUGGAGGGUGAUUUGAUGCAGGCUCAUUGUCACAGAACUACCCAGAGACGGAUGUGAAAUAAAGACUACUUAUAGUCCAAACGCCGCACAAGCUUUGCAUGAGCAGAUGAUGCUCAAUAAUCAGGUCAUCUGGAGGAGUGAGAAAGAGUGGCCAGUGGUGUGGGAGGUUAGGCCGUGAGGCGUUCGGCCAGCAUCCUGUGCAAAUCUUGUUGAAAGUUUGCCCUUACAAGGGAGGGAGUUGUCUACAAAGCCUCUUUGCAGCUGCUCCAGUGACUUCAGUAGCACUACAAAGGGAGGAAAAACACGGAGCAGCCAGUUCUUUGCAGCUUCGUAGAGGAGACUUGCUCUCGACCAGCUAUGAUAUCGAGGUGGAAUUUCUGCGCUACUUUCUCUGGGGUGGUGCUCGCCAUCCAGGCUUUCCCACACACCAAUAUUAAAAUCAGUCAAGCUUUGCCAGAGCCAAUUCUCUCUUACUCUUGCCCUCUCUUUUGGACUGAAUAUGAAGGCUUUUGCUAUAGAUACUUUCCAAUCAAUAAAACAUGGGCGGAGGCUGACUUGUAUUGUGCAGAGUUCUCCAUCGGCCUAAAAUCAGCCAAAUUAGCUUCCAUUCACAGCUGGGAAGAGAAUGUAUUCGUCUACGACCUGGUAAACAGCCGAGUGCCUGGAAUACCGACGGAUGUUUGGAUGGGACUUAAUGAUCUAAGACAGGAAAGCAAUUUUGAAUGGACAGAUGGCUCCUCAUAUGACUAUAACUACUGGGAUGGCAAUCAACCAGACGACGGGAUCCACUCUAAACCAGAAGAUGAAGACUGUGUGCAGAUCUGGUACAGAUACAGCAGUGCUUUAAGGUCUUGGAAUGACAAUAGCUGCAGCAGAGAAUUUCCAUUUGUGUGCAAGAUCCCAUCCCUGGCUGCUGAUUAAGUGUUUGCCCAAAACAAAAGCAACAACUCAACUUCUGUCCAAACAACAUGGAAUGAAAUGGAUCUACAACUUUUUUUCUAAGCCUGUCUCCCCAUCCCACUGCACCCCGAUCUCGUGCCCUCCAGAUGUUUUGGACCCCAAAUCCCAUUGGGGUUGGGAGCCGUAGUUCAAACCGUCUGAAGAGCACUAGAUUAGUGGGAGGCUAUUCUAAGGCAUAAUUCUCUCACCUCUAAUAAACAUAUUUCUGUAUCUGACUCAAUGAAGGCUCCAGCUAGUCAUCAUGACCAAGUUUGUGUGUGUGUGUGUUUGUAUGUUCUGUACCUGGUCAAUGCUCAGGGAUGAUGGGAGCUGGAGUCAAGGAACAUCUAGAGGGCCACGGCUGCCCCAUAUCUGGUGUAUUCACUGGGUCCCAGCUGCAUCCAGGUAAUUUUUUGCAGGGGGUACAUUUGCCACCGGUAUGCAGUGCAGCUGUCAUCAGUGAACAGACUGCAUCUUCCGAUGCCAUUGUUUUUAGAUUGUGAGAUUGAUUAUAGCAGGUAUGGAGAACCUUUAGCCCUCUGUGUGUGGCUGAACUACAAUUCCCAUCAGUCACAGCAAGCAUGACCAAUGGUUGGGGGUGAUGGGAGUUGUAGUUCAGCAACAUUCCAAGGGCCAAAAGUUCCCCACACUUGGAAUUUAGCAUCUGGCAGACUCUGCUUUCCAAACCAACUUCAGGUUUAAUUUUAAGUGAAGGGUUUGGGUUGUCGUUAUUGUUUUGUUUUGUUUUUUUAUUAAGGUUUGCUUUCUUGGUUUAUGGCCCCAGAACUAGGCAAUAUGGUACCCUCCACGUGUUGUGGAAUACAGUUCCCAUCUCUUCUCUUAUCAUUGGCCAUGCUGUUUGGGUGUGCACCACUGUGCCUAUUUCUGCCUGAACCUCUUAUUUUCUUGGGUAGGGUUUGAACAUUUAAAUGAUGCUGACUACAGCUCCCAUCAUCCCUGCCCGUUGCUCAUGCUUUCCCAGGGCUGAUGGGAGUUGUAGUUCGGGAACACCUGGAGGACCAGAGGUUCCCCACAUCUUUUUGAAUCCCUGGAUCUUGCUGAGAAGCACACCACAAUCAGAUUGUCUCGAGCGACUUUUUCAUAUUGGGGCCAAUGAACGAGUCAGUUUUGAGCCAUGGUGGCAGGGUGGGUGGGUGGGAGGGAAACAGAGUAAAAAAGCAAGAGCCCCCAUCUCAGUCAGCCCAUGUUAAAUAGGAAACAGUUCUGUUUUUAUGUCUGUGUCGAGAUGUUAGACGGAGUGGAUGGCAAUUAGCACUGGCAUGAUUAUUUCGAGAUGAAUCAGCGGGCCAAAUGGAAAAUUGAUCAACAUCCAUAUGGUUAGAUCAGCCUUCCCUUGUGUAGAAGUGCCGUGUUGUUUCAUAGCAGUUUGUUGCACUGCUAAUGUCAAGAGCUUUCUGCCCCUCUCGACUCUUGCUGCUGACUCAUACUCAGGUGCAGCUGAAUGCAGACGCUGAAUGGACUUUCUGGGCUGAAGCCCAGUGGUGACAUGAUGUGUAACCAGGGCUGGGAAAUGAAGGAAUAGCACGUCCUGUUAGGUAGUAGGAGCAACACUUUUAUUUGUUUAGCUAAAAGCCAAAACGGGGAAAAAUGGAACCCAACCUCCCCUGUUUAGAGUGUGAAUGUUCCACAGAAGCACCCUUAUUACGUGAUUGCUGCUUCUUUCUCAUAAUUAAAAGGAUCCUUCUUAUCUUUCUGCUUGUCUAAAACAUAAAAAAGAUCAACCUGGUUUAACAGUCACUUAAGACCUUAACCAAACAAGACAAUCAACAUUAAAUGAAUGAACUGAAACUUAA